GUCGCAGGGUGAUGACGUACAUACUGGAAAAUGGAGAGAAAACACAUGUCGGCUUUUGCUUUGUAUCAGACGCUUUCCACAGACUUGCCCGCUCCCGCUACGAAGGCUUCCGUGCAGGUGGCAGACAAGAAGAGGAAGAAAAAGGAGAAUGGAGCCAGUAAGGUCAACACAGGUAAAGCUCAACCAAAGCCUGAAAGGAAGAAAAUGCGAAAAAAGCCCCGCCUCCUAAAGUCUGCACAACGAGAGGAGGAGCUAAAGGGAACGCCACAGAUGCAAGAGGAGGAGAGUGUGAAUGGAGACGGUGAGAUGCUAGAUGCUUUUCUGGCAGACCUGGCGAAAGUCAGCAACAGCAGGGAGAGAGCGAGCAAGCUGUUCCAGUGGCUCAUCAACCCCAUCCCUGCCAAGUCCUUCUUCAGGGAAACAUGGGAAAAGAAGCCCAUUCUUGUUCAACGAAAAAAUCCACAUUACUACAAGGGACUUUUCUCCACAGAGGAGUUCAAUCGCAUAUUAAGAGAAGAGGAUGUUCAGUAUGGAGUGAACCUGGAUGUCACAAGCUACACUAAUGGCAUGAGGGAGACGCACAAUCCUCCAGGGAGAGCCCUGCCCUUUACUGUGUGGGACUUCUAUGAGAGGGGCUGCUCCCUCCGCAUGCUGAACCCCCAGGCUUUCUCCUCCACCGUUUGGAGCGUGCUGUCCAUCCUCCAAGAACAGUUUGGCAGCAUGGCAGGAGCAAACAUAUACCUGACACCACCUGGAACGCAAGGCUUUGCUCCACAUUAUGACGACAUUGAGGCGUUUGUGGUCCAGCUGGAGGGGAAGAAACAUUGGAGAGUGUACAACCCGAGGACAGAAGAUGAGGUCUUGCCUGUGCUGUCAAGUCCGAACUUCAAUCAGGCAGACAUCGGGAAGCCGAUCCUGGAGGUGGUGCUAGAAGCCGGAGAUCUCCUCUACUUCCCCCGAGGAUUCAUCCACCAGGGUGACUGCCUCCCAGAUGCACACUCCCUCCACAUCACCAUCUCCUCUUACCAGAAGAACAGCUGGGGGGAUCUGCUGCACAGGGUGGUUCCAGCAGCACUGGAAAUAGCAAUGGAGGAGGAUGUGGAGUUCAGACAGGGCUUACCUCCUGACUACCUGACAUACAUGGGAGUACAGAACUCUGACAAGGAUGACCCGCGCAGGACGAAAUUCUUCUCACAAAUUGAGAGUCUGAUGAAGAAGCUGACAAAUUACGCCCCGGUCGAUGCUGCCGUGGAUCAGAAAGCCAGAGACUUCCUCCAUGACUGCCUUCCUCCCAUGCUCACCCCAGAGGAAUUGGCCAGCAGUGUGAAAGGAGCGCCAGCUCGGUGGGAAUGUGGGCAAGUUAUGGAUGUAGGUGCACAAUUCACUACCCAGACCCGAGUUAGAGUUCUGCGUGCUGGAUGUGCGAGGUUAUGCAGUGACGGAGAAGCUGUUCACCUUUACUACACAACAGACAACUCCAGAGUUUACCACAAAGAGGAGCUCAAGAGUUUCGAAAUAAAAGCUGAGCACACAGAUGCUGUGGAGUUUCUGAUCCAUUCAUAUCCCAAAUUUGUGACAGUGGGCAGUUUGCCCUGUGAUUCUGCAGAGGACACGAUUGCUUUGGCUGAGCUGCUUUUUGAGAGGGGGAUUAUCCACACUGCAGAACCUCUGUAGUGGCCACCAACUCUUCAGUCAUGCUGACUGCUUGAAUAGAUUCAAAUGGCCUUUUUACAAAAUAAGAUCUUAAAUGCAAAACGUGUCUCAUCCCAUGUAGUUUUCAUUAUCUUUACUGGAAUAGUAACGCUGUUCAGCAUCAAAUAAACCAGUGUUUUCAUUUUUUUAGAUGAAAUAAUGUGUGUUAUGCAACCAAGAUCAUCGAAAAGCAAAUGAUUUUGAUGAAAGAACAUGUUUAUUAUCGGUUGAUACAACUUAAAUUAUUACAGAUUGUUUGAUCCAACUCAAAAACAGACAUAUAGAAGUCUUAAAUAUUCUGAUUUGAGGGCCACCCAUCAGUUAUUCACACCACAGAUGACAGGACACAUUGCAGGUAGGGGCAGUCUACUUCCAGGUCACCUCCUCACCAGGUUUCAGCUCCCUAAAGAGGAAAGAAGUUAAAAAGCUGCAUAAGCUUUGUCGGCAUUAGUUGACCUUUAUGUGAGACAAGUUUUUGACAUGCUUGCUAUCCCAAUCCAAUUCCAACCUUGCAAAUAGUACUUUUAUAUACAGCACAAGGUAAAAUGCAUAUAACAAGAGGAUAUAAUGAGCUUUUUCAUACCACACUGAAAAGGUGUCCAUGCCAGAAAUGUUUGGGUGGGUGGGUUUAUGAAAGUGGAAUGACUGUAUAUUGGAUAGUUAAGUGUUGCAUUUGAAAUUACUUUUGUUUAUUUAUCACUGAGUGUUCUGCUGACUAGUACACAAUUAUUUCAAACGACAGGUAUGUAGCAGCAAAAAUCAUCAUCAUGAAAGUUUGAAAUAAAUGGCACCUGAUGCUUAAUUCACUGAUAAUCUCAGGGGACCCUGGAAAACGGCU